AUGGGGGAACGUAGAAAACAAUUAUUAUUAAAUAAUGGAGAGGUGGAGAGAAAUUUACGAAAAAUUGACGAAAUUUGCGACGAAUUUUUAGAAAUUCAAAAAAAAUUUAAAUUUGAAAAAAAUUUUCAAAAAUAUGAAAAUGAGAUAAAAAAAGAAAUAAAAAAAAUUAUUAAAUUUUAUAAUUUUGUUAAACAGAUUCAGUACCAGCAGCAGCAACAGCAGCAGCAACAGCAGCAACAGCAGCAACAAUUGCAGCAGCAACAAUUGCUCCUGCAACAAAGUAAUGGUGACAAUAAAAAUAACUUUCUUGAAAUUACCAAAAAAAAAAUCGAAUUCUGUCUUGAAACUUUUAAACAAACAGAAAAAGAAUUCAAACAUAAAAAUAAUUAUAAUUAUAAGGAUGGAGGUGCAGCAGCAGCAGCAGCAGCAGCAGCAGCAGCAGCAGGAGUUGGAGUUGGAGUUGGAGUAGGAGGAGGAGGAGGGGCAGGAGGAGGGGCAGGAGGAGGUAGUGGUGCGACGAUGACAGGAAUUGAGGAAAAAAAACAUCGUGAUGCUGUUGCUGCUGCAGUGCAACAACUGCAGCAGCAAGCUGCUGCAAUACAAGGAGAAUUGAAUAUAAAUAAUGAACAAAAAAAAGGAGGAAAUAAAAAAGAAAAAGAAAAAGAAAAAAAAAAAUAUGAGCAACUUUUAUCUUCUUAUAAACAUCAUAUUAAUAAAUUAAAUCAAAUCUUACGUCUUGCUGACAGCAACAUGUUAUCUCCUGCUGCACUUGCUGCUGUUGCUGCUGCAGCAGAGGACUACAACAGCAGCACCAGCAGCAGCACCACCAGCAGCACCAACCCGGAUCCAGAGCUUCUCUUUGAUGCCUCUCUAUACGAUUGUCUGCAUGCAGAUGAUGACGCUAAGCAGCAGCAGCAGCAGCAGCAAAACUCCGAUCUUGAUGUACACUCCGACGCUGCUCUCUCUGCAGAAACCUCAAACUCAGCAGCAGAGGGUGGCUCUUCUCGUGUAGUCCGCAGCAACAGCAGCAGCAGCAACAGCAGCAACAGGCGCUCUCUUAGUGCCUCCGAGGAAGCAGAAGGAGGGACAAAAAGGAACAGCAGACGCGGCAGCAGCCCUAGUAAUGCUGCUGCUAGCAGCGCAAACAGCAGCAACAGCAGCGGCAAAGGAAAGCAGCAGCAGCAGCAUCAGGGAAGAGGAGCUGCAUCAGCAGAAGGAGGAGCAGCAACAUCGUCUCCUCCUUGCUGGUCGUCACUGCUGCAGCAGCAACAGGGAUCUGCUGCAGCAGCAGCAGAACAGGCUGCUGGAUCUCCUGCAGCAGCAGCAGCAAGAGGCGGCAGCAACAACAAGGGAGGGGAGGUAGGCAGUGUAUGGAAGACCGGCAGGCUGCAUGCUGCUACUACAGAGCAGCAGCAGCAGCAGCAGCAGGAGCAACGGAGUAGUGGUACAGCAGGAGGAAGCGUAGCUCCAUGGAAGGCAAAGGCAGCAGCUGCUGCUGCUGCACCUCCUGUAGCAGGAGCAGCAGCAGGAGCAGCAACAGGAUCUUCUGGUGCUAAGGGUCAAGGGAAGCAGCAACAGCAGCAACAGCAGCAACAGCAACAGCGGUCGACUGCUGAAUCUGGCAACAACAGCAGCAACAACAGCAACAAGAACAGCAACAACAGCAGCAGCAACGGCAACAACAACAACAACAGCAAUAACAACAACAACAACAACAGUAACAACAACAACAACAGCAACAAUAACAACAACAACAACAACAGCAACAAUAACAACAACAACAACAACAGCAACAAUAACAACAACAACAACAGCAACAACAACAACAACAACAACAGCAACAACAACAACAACAACAACAACAACAACAACAACAACAACAACAACAACAACAACAGCAAUGCAGCAGCAGAUCCAUCAGGAGAUUCACCUACAGGAUCAUCAACAGGAAUUGUUCCUCUGCAUGCAACAGAUGCUGCUUCCGACUAUAAUAUACAACAAGCAGGAGGAGGAGGAGGAACGGCAACGGGAGAUAAUGCUGCUGCUCCUGCUGCUCCUGCUGCUGCUGCUGCUGCUGCUGCUGCUGCAACAACUCAUGGAGGUAAUAAUACUACAGCAAAUGCAACAGCUGCACCACCAGGUACACCUGCUGCAGGAACUGCAGCAGGAACUGCAGCAGCAGCAGCUGCUGCUGCAGCACCAGCUGGUGGAGGAGGACCACCAUCUUGCUUCCCUACAGGACGAAUUGCUGCAGCAGACACAAGAGAAUUCUUUGCACGAUUAGAGCCUGAUGCUCUCUUCUUUGCUUUUUAUUAUCAAAGG